UUUCUUUCUGCACACCUCUGCUGUCGCAAUCUUUAUAUAAACACAUCUUCUCACCAAACUUCUCAUUUACCACAUACCGCCACCAUUUCGCUCGCCAUGACAAUCCGCAUACGACUACGUGCUCCCAACGGAUUACACACCGUCUCUCUAGAGGACACCGCAGCUGUAUCCGACCUGCUAUCUACGAUUUCUGCCGUGACAGAACUUCCCCUCUUCGAUCUCAAAUGGGGCUUUCCUCCCCAGCCACUUGAUCCAUCCCUCUACGGCCUCUCUACAUCUCUGUCGGAAACAGACCUCAAGCUCAACGGCACUCAGAUAAUAGUGAUAGCCCAAGCAACCGGUGAUCCCAGUGAAGCCGCAGCCAAACAAGCGUCCUCAUCAUCCACCAACGACCCUACAAAACCCGCCGCCCCACUCUCAUUACAGCGGAAACAAAAUGAAGCCCUGCUGAAGGAUACGCCAGAAGUUCCCGUGCCAGCACGCGGAGGCACAAUGGUACUGCGUGUCAUGCCAGACGACAACUCGUGCAUGUUUCGCGCACUGGGCAGCGCCGUGCUAUCCUCCUCCCUCGAUUCCAUGACGGAGCUGCGCUCUAUGGUUGCGCAGGCUAUUCAGGCGGACCCAGAUAUGUACAAUGAAGCCAUUCUGCAGCGCAAACCCGACGAGUACUGCCAGUGGAUCUCAUAUUCGGAUUCGUGGGGUGGUGGCAUCGAACUCAGCAUCUUGUCCAAGGAAUUUGAUAUUGAGAUAUGCAGCAUCAAUGUACAGGAUCUGCGUGUGGACAGGUUCAAUGAGGGCCGCGCAAAACGCUGCAUACUGGUUUACUCGGGCAUUCACUACGAUACCGUGGCGUUUGUGCCCGAGGGUGGUCCGACGUAUGAUACGGACAACGAUGUUAAACUGUUCGAUGCGGCCGAUGAGACGAUCCUUGAGGCUGCAAGACAAUUGUGCGCCGAGCUACGUAGGAAGAAUUACUUCACCGAUACACAGAAGUUCAGUAUCAAGUGCAAUGUGUGUGCGUGGAAAGGCGCGGGUGAAACGGGUGCUGUGAAGCAUGCAGAGGAGACAGGACACAUGGAUUUUGGGGAGGCGACUUAG